AUGGUUGAAGAACAGAAGCAACUCUUCGACGCGAUCUUUGAUAGUGACGAGAAUGAAAGAGCUUUUCGAUCGCCCAUGCCCUGUCACGUCUUAAAUUCAAACUACAACAGAACGCCAUUUCCACUUCAUACUGGUGGUGUAGUCGCUGGCUCAGCCUUUUCUACACCUACAUUCGGCGCGUUUCCUUCUCAAGUUCAACGAGAAGUGGCAAAUCGGUUUCCUCCUUUUUCUGGUAUUUCAACUCAAGACCUAAUGCAUUAUAAUUCAAAUAUAUUAUCAUCGCCAAAUAUGGAAUAUAGUCCUUUUUUUUUUACACGUCCACUUCCAAGGAGACCUGAUGGUUCUCCCCUUGAAUUUUAUGGUUUGCAACCUGAAAAUUGUAGUCCCUUUUCUAUGGGGACUACUAAAUCUUUUCAAACAGAGAAUUAUACUAAAUCUCCUCUAACAGAGAAUUAUACUAAAUCUCCUCUAACAGAGAAUUAUACUAAAUCUUAUCAAACAGAGAAUUAUGAAAAUAAAAAAAAUAAAAGUUAUUCUUUAUCAAAUUGGUACUUAAAAUGUGUUACUCUUACGGACAAUAAAAAUUUAGUUCCACCUGGAACAGAAGUAUGGAUAAUACUUUCUGGUACCAUCAAAAAAUCGGGAGGACAAAAUUGUCGAUGGCAUUCAACGCUCGUUAUUGAUCGAAUAGACCAAAAUUUAGUAAAGGCUGAUAACAAUAAGUUUUAUAAACUUGAGGGAGAUAUUUCAAUUAAUGAUAUGAUAACUAAUGGUUUUUCACAAGAAUUAUGUGAUAAUUUUCAUAGAGGAUUUCCCGAAGAUUGGAAAGAAAUUUUACUUAAUGAAUUUAAAAGUGCAUGUUUUUCGGACUUGAUUAUACCAUUAAGUGAAGGAGGGUAUGAUCUUACAUCUGAUGAAGAUGAUGAACAGGCUAGCACAGAUAAAUCAGAGUGUUAUUCAAAUUUGAGUAAAGAGGAUCACAAUUCUGAUGAUAAUUAUCCUAUUGUACAGCGCCAGAAUGAUUUUAAUAAGAAUAAUGGAAAGCGACAGUUAGAUCGAAAAGAUGAAACAACGACGAAAUCAGAUGCCGUUACAAUAACAUCAUCUGGUCGCCGUAUCCGUAGGCCAGGUUCUUGGUGGCAACUAAUUGAAAUAUAUUCAUGCUUACAAAUAUAUAGAAAGGUUAUCAUUAAUAUGCCUUAUUGA